AUCCCAGCGCAUGCGCAGAAAAUAUAGUUUUGUUUGAAGUGAAUUGCAGUUAGUCAAGCGAUUGAGCUGCAUAGAGGCAAUUGUACAGUAUCAUUUUCCGAUGUUUUUUUGUUAAGUAUUUGCUUCUUUUUUCUACAUUUUUUUGUGCUUGAUGCAUUACUAUAAACAUGUUAGGGAAUUAUCCAAAUGUAGAAAAGAGUCAGGUGGUCAGUUAUGUGGAAGAUUAUCUCGAAUGUGUGGAGUCUCUCCCGUUGGACAUACAGAGGAAUGUGUCUUUGCUACGAGAGAUCGAUACAAAGUAUCAAGAAGUUUUAACAGAAGUUGAUGAUGUCUACGAGAAGUAUAAAAAAGAGACUGACCUGAGUCAGAGGAAGAGGCUGCAGAAUCAUCUCCAGCGAGCGCUGAUCAGCAGCCAGGAGUUGGGAGAUGAGAAGCUCCAUGUGGUCACUCAGAUGAUGGAACUGGUGGAGAACCGGGCCAGGCAGAUGGAGGCCCAUUCACAAUGUUUCCAAGAGCCACAAGAGGUCGAAAAGCCUGUGGAGAAAGCGAAACCAGAGGCCGUGCUGCCGGAGAGGCCUUCAACCAGACGAAUCCGCCGGCAGCGCAACAGCGAAAGCCGUGAAUCGUGCCACAUCGCCAACGGGGUGGUGGUGGUGGAGGAGGCUGGUGAGGAGCAGCCACCCAAGGAGAAGAAAUCUAAAUCAGCCAAGAAGAAAAAGCGAUCAAAAGCCAAGCAAGAACGAGAGGUCUCUCCUGUCGAGUUUGCCAUCGAUCCCAACGAGCCCACUUACUGCCUGUGCAACCAAGUGUCUUACGGUGAAAUGAUAGGGUGUGACAAUGAACAGUGCCCCAUCGAGUGGUUUCAUUUCUCAUGUGUUGGACUCACCUAUAAGCCAAAGGGAAAGUGGUACUGUCCCAAAUGCAGAGGGGAUAGCGAAAAGACAAUGGACAAAAGCAUUGAGAAAACUAAAAAAGAUAGACGGUCGAGGUAGUAACUUCCAUCAACACUUUUUUUUUUUUUUGUAUAGUUACAUUUUCUUUGCAUAUGAAACAAUCUUUUAGAACUGAUGCAUAUCACUAUGCAAUACUUUUUAAUCUAUAGUAUUAAUUAAAUAUUAACGGUGCCGUACUUUUAAGUCUUGUGAUUUUGUCUGUUGCUGCACUUAACCAAAAGAAGAAUACAAGUUAUAACAGGGUGGUCUUGCAACAGAAAGAACAAUGCGUCAUAGCACAGACAGAAAGAAAACCUCUCAAUUUAACCUGGAGAUUACAAAAGGAGAUAUAUUUAAAAAUAAAGAAAUACUGCCAUUACUUUGUACAGUAGGAACUUUUUGUUUAGUCGGAUUCACAUUUUGUUUAAAACUUUAUAAACUUCAUGAAGAGGCAGUAGUUGAACAUCUGUAUGGGUAGAACAGAAGUAACUACACAGUGUUUACUUGUUUGUAUACUUAAUUAUUGAUGGAUGGCACAUUGUUGGAACAAGACACAAGGUUACAAACUAGCUUGCAUUCACAGUAUUUAUAGAUCAUGCUCAAAAGACAAUGCUGUACUUUUUGUAAAGUUGUAAAACAAACCAUUGGCCAUUUUUAAUGUCUUCCAAGGCAAAUGUCACUGUUUUAUUAUAUUGUUUGGUAUUUACUAAUUUAAUUGUUACUUUUUGCAGUAUUUGAAUAAAACUGUGCCAGUGAUACCUA